CUAGCUGGAUAACAUUUAGCCACACUCAGUAUCGUACUCUAGCCAAGCAACAUGGUCAACUUUGAGCAAGCAAGCGAACUCGCCAAGAACUUCAGCAAGAAGCCAACAGAUGCCGAGUUCCUCGAGUUCUACGGUCUCUUCAAGCAGGCCACCGUUGGCGAUGUCAACAUUGAGAAGCCCGGCUUGCUGGAUCUGAAGAAGAAGGCCAUGUACGAGGCAUGGAGCUCACACAAGGGCUUGUCCAAGGAUGCCGCCAAGGAAGCAUACAUCAAGGUCUACGAGAAAUAUGCGCCCAAAUACGCCUAAAUGCUAAAAGCAAGGCUCUAGCUAUAUUAUACAUGUGA